AUGCUUUUAGAAAUACAAAUCGCGGUUAGUUUUCUAACGUCGUAUUUAUACAACAAACUCCCGAGGCGAAGAGUUGAUUUAUUUAGCGUCGAAUUGGCGAAGCAAUUAAAAGAGAAAUUCGAAGGCCAUUGGUAUCCACAGCGUCCUUCGAAAGGAAGUGGUUAUCGAUGUUUAUUGAUCGGAGAAGAAUUAGACCCCGUUCUGAUGAACGCUGCUAACGACAGUGGAUUAAGCUUAGAAGAAGUCCGAAGUAGUUUACCAGAAAAAUUAAAUAUGUGGAUUGAUCCUGAUGAAGUUUCCUAUAGAAUAGGUAAGCCUCUAGUUAAUAGUAAAAUUUUUAGUUUGUAGUACCUUGUGCCUUUUGAUUUGAGCUUUGUUUUGUGUCGUCCAGAAAUUUAGUGUAAACCUUUGCGCUUCUACAGAAUUAUAUACAUCAUUGGGAAGCCAAGUAAAUGCUUGGUUUCUUUGGGCAUUGUAUUCUCAAGAAUUAUUUGGGCCUUUCCUCAGCCUCGUGCUAUAUGUAUACUAUAAAUUCAUGACAAAGCGAAAGUAAGCAAUUUGUACACUUGUAUAUAAACUAGUCCCAUAUUUUUACUGAAACUUAGCCAGAGCCCGUUUGUUUUGUUAUACUAGCUUGUACUAUUUUAUGACCAACAUUACAAAGGCUUUCUUAGUCGAAUAGAAGUAAUUUUGGUGAAAUAGAAAAAUCUUGAAAGGUCAUCAUAUUUUUUCUUGGGCAUUCCCCUCUGACUAUACAAAUGUGUUUGGGUAAGUCUUGAAAAUAUUUGGUCAGAAGCCAGAUUUCGGAUAUAAAAAACAUCCGAAAAACAUAGAUCUAUUAUUUUAUGUAAUUUGGUAGGAAAGCGUUUCAAUAAAUAUAUUGUUUUUACGUAUUUUUCUAGAAGAUCAAUUGGUCGUGAAAGUGAUUUAUCAGAAAGACAAAUAUGGCGAAUUGGAGAACCUAGCCGAGCUGGAAGGCUUUAAUACUCAACAAAUUUACACUGGUUCUUCGUCGAGUCCAAGCAGAACACAUUCAAAAGAAGUAGAACCAAUGUACAACCGUUCACCUAUCCAAACGUCGCCGCUACAAGUUUCGCCAUUAUCCAUGCUUUCAAAUCAAACAAACUAUUCUCUCUGGAGUACUCACGAGGAAAGUGUCCUCGCGGACACUCCUGUGGACAGUCGACUUUCGCCAAACGCACAAGAAUUCAGAUAUCCUGUAACCAAACAACAAACACUACCUUCGCCUACGAACAUUUUAUACCAAAACGAUUCAGGAUAUAGCGAAUAUCCAAGCUAUAUGUGGUCAAGUUUAACCGAGCCUGUCGAACGAAGACAAGGUUACGCUUCGCUUCAAUCCUUCUAUUCGAAUUGGUUGGAUAACUCGAACUCAUACAAACGAAAUUACAACACUUCACAACUGGAAAUUAUGGCUUAA